AUGUGUAGUGUGCGGGGGUCACAUGGUAGGUUGGUGGUGACCCCAUGGUACGGGUUGUGUGGGAGCCUAGGGUCUAGACCAUCCAGACCCCCAACCCCAACCCCUGUACCAUCCUGUACCAUCCCCAACCCCAACCCCAACCCUGUACCAUCCAGACGCCCAACCCCAACCCCAACCCUGUACCAUCCAGACCCCCAACCCCAACCCCAACCCUGUACCAUCCAGACCCCCAACCCCAACCCCAACCCUGUACCAUCCAGACCCCCAACCCCAACCCCAACCCUGUACCAUCCAGACCCCCAACCCCAACCCUGUACCAUCCAGACCCCCAACCCCAACCCCAACCCUGUACCAUCCAGACGCCCAACCCCAACCCUGUACCAUCCAGACCCCCAACCCCAACCCCAACCCUGUACCAUCCAGACCCCCAACCCCAACCCCAACCCUGUACCAUCCAGACCCCCAACCCCAACCCCAACCCUGUACCAUCCAGACCCCCAACCCCAACCCCAACCCUGUACCAUCCAGACCCCCAACCCCAACCCCAACCCUGUACCAUCCAGACCCCCAACCCCAACCCCAACCCUGUACCAUCCAGACCCCCAACCCAACCCCAACCCUGUACCAUCCAGACCCCCAACCCCAACCCUGUACCAUCCAGACCCCCAACCCCAACCCCAACCCUGUACCAUCCAGACCCCCAACCCCAACCCUGUACCAUCCAGACCCCCAACCCCAACCCUGUACCAUCCAGACCCCCAACCCUAA